AUGACUGGCCAUUACGAAGAAGGCGCUCUCAAAGGGCUUCAAGUGGACCAGGAGAAACUUGGAGCGACUGAGACUAGUAUCGAUGAAAAUGACCUCGACGGCCUUCUGGUUCAGUUGAAGGACAUGGUCGCUGAAAAUGAGCUCGAUGUCAACUUUCCGGCCCACAUCCUCAACCAGGCACGGGAGAUUCUCGAUGCCGAGGCCCACCACGUUGAUCUCUCUCAGCUCCAGACUCUCGUGGCGGAGAUAGCCAAGCACCGCGACCUGAUUGCGAACGACUCGCCGUACGCAGAAGUCCGCGCCGUGGUGGACCCGACGGACGACCCUGAAGUCUCGGCCAACACCUUCCGGGCCUGGUUCCUCGGGCUGCUGUCGACCAUCAUCUUCACCGCGGUCAAUCAGUUCUUUACCUUGCGUUAUCCCACCAUCAACAUCUACUCGUUAGUGGCCCAGCUGCUCUCGUACCCGUGCGGCGUGUUUCUGGCGCAGGUCCUACCCACGCGAAAGUGGAAUCUCUUCGGCUGGCACUUUACCCUCAAUCCCGGGCCCUUUAAUCAGAAAGAACACAUGCUGAUUACUGUCAUGUCCAAUGUGUCAUUUGGAGGCACGAACGGUACAGCUUAUAUCACCUACAUCUUUCAGGUCCUCAAGGCCAAGUCCUUCUACAACAUGACGUCUCUCUACGAUCAGGCCGGAUUCCAGAUCCUGUCGGCUCUGUCAACUCAGCUGAUAGGCUACGGAUGUGCCGGUCUGACGCGGAGAUUCCUGGUGUAUCCGCCAUCGAUGAUCUUCCCCAAGUGCCUGUCCACCAUCGCAUUGAACAAGGCCUUGCAUGGCGACGAGGGACGUGACAAGGAGGUGAACGGGUGGAAGAUCAGCCGCUACCGCUUCUUCAUGUACUGCUUCAUCGCCAUGUUCGUCUACUAUUGGUUUCCCGCGUACAUCUUCCAGGCCCUAUCCUACUUCAACUGGAUCAACUGGAUCUCGCCCGAAAACGUCAAACUGGCCAUCAUCACCGGCACCAUCAACGGCAUGGCGCUCAACCCAUUCCCCACCUUCGACUGGAACAUCGUCUACGCUCUCUACGACCCGAUCAUCUACCCCUUCUACUCGCUGCUGAACAACGUGGUCGGGAUGGCAAUUGCAUCCUUCUUCAUCAUUGUGCCGAUCUACUUCACCAACGUCUGGAACACAGCCUACUUCCCCAUCAAUAGCAACGACGUCUUCGACAACACGGGCAGCACGUACGACGUGAGUAAGGUGCUGAACAGCAAGGCCGAGUUUGACGUCGAGGCCUACAGCAAAUACAGUCCCCCAUACCUCUCUGCUGGAUACAGCAUCAUGUUCAUGGCAUCGUUUGCAGGAUACUUAGCCGCCAUCGUGCACAUCGCGCUCUACAACCGACAGGAGAUUACCAAGGGGGUGCGAGCGCUGUGGAAGUGGACCAGUGCACGCGACGAGCACGAGGAUGUGCACAACCGCCUGAUGCAGCGGUACAAGGAGGUACCCGAAUGGUGGUACCUGACCAUCCUCGCAAUUUCUUUCGUGUUUGGCUGCAUCGCCGUGGCCCACUACGACACGGGCAUGCCAAUCUGGGGCCUGGUGUUCGCCAUCGGGCUGUGCCUGUUCGUGCAGAUCCCCUACGGGAUGAUCUACGCCAUCACCAACACGGAGGUGACCAACAACGUGAUCGCCGAGUUCGUGGCGGGCUACGCCAUCCCCGGGAAACCCGUGGCCAAUCUGAUGUUCAAGGCGUUCGGGUACAUCGCGUGUGCGCAGUCGAUCCAGUUCGCGGCCGACCUGAAGCUGGGCCACUACAUGAAGAUCGCGCCGCGCGUGCUCUUCUCCGCGCAGGUGGUGGCCACCGUCGUCGGGGCGUUUGUGUCCGUGGGCGUGAAUGCGUGGGCCCUGGCCAACAUCUCUGACGUGUGCUCGCUCGACCAGCCCAGCAAAUUUACCUGCGCCGGCGCCCGCGACUUCUACACCUCUUCCGUGAUCUGGGGCGCCAUCGGCCCGCGCCGCCUGUUCGGGGUGGGCCAGAUUUACAACCCCCUGCUGUACGGGUUCCUGAUCGGCGCCCUCCUUCCGAUCCCCUUCUACCUGCUGACGCGGUUCAUCCCGCGCAGCAGCCCGGCCGCGACCGCCGCACGCUAUAUCUACAUUCCGCUCGUCCUCUCAGGGAUGUCCAACCUGGCGCCCUACAACAUCAGCUACGGCUGGCCGGCGUUGGUGGUCGGGUUCGCGGUGAACUACUACGCCAAGCGGCGGUGGGUCGGGUGGUGGGAGAAGUACGCGUACGUGUUCACGUCGGCGAUGUCGUGCGGAGUGGCGAUCGCGGCGAUUGUGAUCUUCUUUGCCGUGGAGUAUCACGAGGUCGACCUCAACUGGUGGGGGAAUGAGGUCUCGUAUGUGGGGUGUGAUGAUGCAGGGUGUCCGCUGUUGGCGAUGCCGGCGUCUGGGAAGAUUUAG